UUAUUGAAUAAAAUGCCUAUUUUAAUCAAUGAUCACUUGUGUGGGUGUACGCGAAUGGAGAUGUCAGUUUGAAAGUCGGAUAUUAUGUUUUUGAUUCGGGAACAUUCAAUUAAUGAAGCCAAUGCAAUACCUCAGAUAUUAAAUUUAAUUGGUGGCACAUAAACGAGCCGUAAAGGGUGUCCCUUUCCCACAAUCUAUUAGCAGAUCCUUUCAAGCGUUUGCUGAGUUUUCUCUUGGACAUGUCGGUGUUAUUUACUUUAAAACAUCCCAUUUCGUGAAUGAGUUAUCCAUAUGAUAUUCUCCAUACUCAGGAUAGAUUAUCCAGGGAAGGUAGAAUGGAUUUCUUUAAGACUGUUAUUUGCUAUCACCUGCUUGCUUGGUGUGCGUUCUGUAAGUAUGCAAUAAAAGCCUCUUUGGGGCUGGUGUUAGCUUGGCGCAGGUUGCUGCUUGGGACUGCUACAUGACAUCAGCUUUUUGGCUUAUUAGGAAUUCUGCUCGACUUUCAAGGCUGCGCUGUUGAUCGACGGACGGUGGAUCCAAUGCCUGGGCUUCGCCGUCUUCCAGCUGACGGGAGGAGAGAAACCAAUGGACAUCGGGCCCAGAGGCGGGAUCAAGAGAGCUUAUACUCACUUCGGCUCAUUGAGAGUUAGGGAGAAGAUUUAGUGGAGAGACGUGUAUGUGGGAGAGAGAGAGACAGAGAUAGGGAUCGGAGGCGACUCAGACAGACAGAAGGAGAAGAUGCAAACUCCUGCCUCCUGCAACUUGCUCCAUCCGUAGUUAAUGUGCGUUGGCCUUUUAAGAGAACAGUCUGGAAUUAAGCUGCAGAAGGUGAACAGCAUUUAAGAAAACUGGGAUUUAAAACGGAGAGGGUCAAGAAACGAAUCUUCUGCAUCUGGGUGUAGUGUUCGCAACUUCUGAUGCAAUGCAAACUGUCGCAACAGUGGGAUAACUGCAAAUAUUUCAAGACUACGCCAGCGGUUUCGUGUCUUUUUUUAAAACAAGAAUAAAGCCAAAUGCUUAUCCUCAUGCGGCCGAGUCACACUAAGAAGAUUCUGCAGGCUGCUUCUGCUGCUUGGCAGUUGCGUGCAACCUCCGACAGUUUUGUGCACUGUGCAUUCUGAAUACCGCACCGAGGAGAAUAUAGUGGUUAACCCUCUCUGCAGCAGUCUUCGCUAGCCGGUAAAUAAAUACGGUGAGGUGCGGGGGGGGAGGUGGUUAAAAUAAACUUGUUUGCAAAAACCAAUGGGGGAAUCUCCUCGGAGGAUAGAUAGCACCCCUCCCAACAUUGUGCAUAAUUGUGUAGGUCGGAAAAGGGUGGGUGGGAAAGGAGUCCGGGGGUUGUAAAAAGAAGCGGUGUGAUCUGCCUUUGCAUAUUCGCGGGAUUAUGGACAUGCGGGAUUUUUACCUGUUUCUGGCGCUGGUUGCUCUCCUGACGGUGGACUCCGCUCUGGCUCAGGAGCUCGUCUACACCAUUCAAGAGGAGCUGCCCGAGAAUAUCUUGCUGGGCAACAUCCCCAGAGAUCUCAACAUCUCACGGCUAAAUGCGGCCACGGGGUCGAGUGCCAAUCUUAUCUACAGGCUGGUGUCCAAGGCAGGCGAGGUCCCCCUGUUGCGGGUGUCCAGCAGCACCGGGGAGAUCUUCACCACGGCCAACAGGGUGGACCGCGAGAAACUAUGCGCCGGCACCUACACCGACACCGACUGCUUCUUCGAGGUGGAGGUGGUCAUCUUGCCCAACGACCACUUCAGGCUGGUCAAGAUCAAGGUGGUCGUGCGCGAUGUCAACGACAACGCGCCCAUGUUCCCGUCUCCUGUGAUCAACAUCUCCAUCCCGGAGAACACUCUGGUCAACAGCCGCUUCCCGGUGCCUUCGGCCACCGACCCGGACACGGGUAGCAACGGGGUGCAGAGGUACCAGCUCUUGAACGGCCAGGGGGCUUACGGCUUGGACGUGGUGGAGAGCCCCGAGGGCGAGAAGUGGCCGCAGCUGAUAGUCCAGCGCAGCCUGGACCGGGAGCAGAAAGACACCUACGUGAUGAAGAUCAAGGUUGAGGACGGGGGGAGCCCGCAGAAGUCUAGCACCGCUAUCCUGCAAGUGACGGUGAGCGAUGUGAACGACAACCGGCCGGUGUUUAAAGAGAGCCAGCUGGAGGUGCGCUUGCCCGAGAAUGCGCCGCUGGGCACCUCUGUCAUCCAGCUGCACGCCACCGACGCCGAUGUGGGCUCCAACGCCCAGGUCCGCUAUCUCUUCAGCCCGCAGGUCUCCGCCGCCGUCCGCAGGCACUUCGCCCUCAACAGCACGGCGGGUCUCAUCACGGUGCAGCGAGCCUUGGACCGGGAAGAGACCUCCCUGCACAAGAUGACCGUGCUGGCCACCGACGGCAGCUCCAGCCCGGCCAGGGCCACCGUCACCGUCAACGUUACCGAUGUCAACGACAACCCCCCAACCAUCGACAUCCGCUAUAUCAUCAGCCCCAUCAACGGCACCGUCUACCUGUCCGAGAAAGAUCCCGUCAACACCAAGAUCGCCCUGAUCACCGUGUCGGACAAGGACACCGACGUGAACGGGAGAGUGGUCUGCUACAUUGAGAAAGAGGUGCCUUUCCAUCUGAAGGCGGUAUAUGACAACCAGUACCUCCUGGAGACCUCUGCCUUAUUGGACUAUGAGAGCACAAGAGAUUACAGCUUCAGGAUUGUGGCAUCGGACUCUGGUAAGCCCAGCCUGAAUCAAAGUGCCCUGGUCAGAGUGCGCCUGGAAGAUGAGAAUGACAACCCUCCUGUAUUCAACCAGCCUGUCAUCGAGCUGUCUGUGGCCGAAAACAACCACCGUGGCCUCUACCUCACCACCAUCAGUGCCACGGAUGAGGAUAGUGGCAAGAACGCCGAGAUUGUCUAUCAGCUGGGUCCCAAUGCCUCCUCCUUUGACCUGGACCGCAAGACCGGGGUCCUGACCGCAUCCAGGGUCUUCGACCGGGAGGAGCAGGAGCGCUACAUUUUCACGGUGACCGCCAGAGACAGUGGCAACCCUCCCCUCCAAAGCCAAGCAGCCGUGAUUGUCACCAUCCUGGACGAGAACGACAACAAUCCCAAAUUCACGCACAACCACUUCCAGUUCUUUGUGUCCGAAAAUUUGCCAAAGUACAGCACCGUAGGUGUAAUCACGGUGACGGACGCAGAUGCCGGGGAGAAUGCAGAGGUGAUGGCCUCUGUUGUUGGUGACAAUGACAAUUUUAUCUUGCACCCAGUGAACGGAGUUAUAAGAUCCAACGUCUCCUUUGACAGGGAGCUGCAAAGCUCGUACACGUUCGAAGUCAAGGCAAUAGAUCGAGGUAGACCGGUCCGUACCUCCAUUGCCAAAGUCACCAUCAAUGUCAUAGAUGUCAAUGAUAACAGUCCCGUUGUAAUCUAUCCACCUUCAAACACCUCAUUCAAACUGGUCCCCCUCUCUGCCAUCCCUGGUUCAGUGGUGGCAGAGGUAUUUGCAGUAGAUGUUGACACAGGAAUGAACGCCGAACUCAAGUACAGCAUCGUCAGUGGAAAUACCAAGGGCUUGUUCAGAAUUGAUCCAGUGACUGGCAAUAUUACCCUGGAGGAGAAACCCGCUGUUGCAGACCAAGGUUUGCAUCGAUUGGUGGUAAACAUUAGUGAUUUAGGGUACCCUAAACCCUUGCACACCCUGGUCCUUGUCUACUUGUAUGUGAAUGACACCAUAAGUAAUGCUAGUUACAUCAACGAACUCAUAAGAAGAACGAUGGAGACACCAUUAGAUAAGAACAUCGGGGACAGUACCCAACCUUGGCAAAAUGAAGAUUAUCUUACCAUCAUGAUCGCCAUAGUAGCGGGGGCAAUGGUGGUGAUUGUGGUCAUAUUUGUCACCGUGUUGGUGCGUUGCCGGCAGUCGAGGUUCAAAGCCACUCAAAGAAACAAACAGGGUGCAGAAUGGAUGUCCCCAAACCAAGAGAGUAAGCAAAACAAAAAGAAGAAAAGAAAGAAAAGAAAGUCUCCAAAGAAUUCUCUUCUAAACUUUGUUACCAUUGAAGAGUCCAAACCCGAUGACCCUGCCCACGAACCCAUCAAUGGGACCAUUACUCUUCCAGCUGAGCUGGAGGAGCAGACUAUAGGAAGGUUUGACUGGAACACAACACCACCAACAACCUUUAAGCCGAGCAGCCCAGACCUUGCAAGGCAUUACAAGUCAGGCUCACCACAGCCCUCUUUUCAUCUAAAGCCGGACACUCCAGUUUCUGCAAAAAAGCAUCAUGUGAUUCAGGAGCUCCCUUUGGACAACACCUUUGUUGGGGGGUGCGAUACCUUGUCCAAGCGCUCUUCUACGAGCUCAGACCACUUCAGCGCGUCGGAGUGUAGUUCCCAAGGUGGCUUCAAGACAAAAGGCCCAUUGCACACCAGACAGUCUCAGAGGCGCGUUACAUUUCACCUCCCCGAUGGCUCCCAGGAAAGCUGCAGUGAUAGUGGUCUAGGAGACCAUGAGCCGGUAAAUGGUGGCCCGCUGAUCUCACACCCUCUCCCUCUGGUUCAGCCGCAGGACGAGUUCUACGAGCAGGCUUCCCCAGACAAGAGGACCGAGGCCGAUGGGAAUUCUGACCCGAAUUCUAGUGAUGUUCCUCUUGGUCCCAGAGGUUUAGCCGAAGCAACAGAAAUGUGCACUCAAGAAUGCUUGGUCCUCGGGCACUCAGACAACUGUUGGAUGCCUCCUGGUCUUGGUUCCUACCAGCAGCUCAAAUCACCCCUCUCCACAUUUGGAUCGCAGAAGGAAUGGAUCAAGAAGGAUAAGUUGGUAAAUGGUCACGCGCUUUCAAGGACCUGGAAAGAAGAUGGCAACAGAGGGCAGUUCAAUGACAGGAAGCUGAUCGGUUAUGGUGACGGGCAAUAUACCAGUGGGAAUCCAAUGACAGAUAUUCCUCUAGCGAGCCUGAAGUCUUACAAACAGGCACCAUCAUCCCUGGAGACAGCUAAAGAACAUCAACUAUGAAGAGUACUUUCCCAUUCUCUAGCUAUUAACUCAUAUCGGCCUGGUUGUAGGCUAUAGUGGUAGAAUAUGCUAAUCCUAUGUGUCUGAAUUCUGUGUUACGGGUAGGACUUUAGACCACUGUUGCAGCAAGUACUUGAAGUCGUCUGUGUUUUAGGAACCUUGGAGUUUGAUAAUUCUGUAGUCUACUCGAUGUAAACUCACAUCCAAAAAGGACAGAGCUAAACUUUGCGAUGGAGUAACUGGGCCUGGUCACCCCACCGGAACUGCAUCUCAGACAGAAACAAACGGUGGGCCUAUUCGCGACCUUGGAGGCACUGAAAAACCAAUAUGAAACAAGCGAAGCAGAAAUUGUGGAGGAAAAUAAAAUGCUGCUUUUAAUUGAGACCGAUUGCUGCUGAUGUAUGUAAUGAGAAAGGAAAAAAAAAAUCAAAAUGGGAGCAAGAUCAAUCACAACCACAAACUGGACAAUCCAACUUUAAGUGAUCCAAGCGAACAUUAAAAGUGUUUGUAAAUAGGAAAAACUCAUCAGUAAACCCUAUUUUAUGAAACUAUAUUCUCCCCAAACUGUAGCAAAAGACUGUGGUUUCCCUCCGCAACCCCCUCCCCUCACAUCUCUUUGUCUGCAUCCUCUUUGGGGUUUCUUUUAAGCUUCAUGUAGCUGAAUUCCUGGUGAAAGUGGUUGAGUGUUUGUAAUCCGUCCAACAGCACUGCUUCCACGCUCACAGAAUGUUUUAAUGUGUUGUGCCUUCAUUAUGUACUAGAACAUAAUACUAGUUGUCAUAGGGGUCGACUAAGACUCUAAUUUCUAGCUCUCUGUAUAUUUGUUCUAUGCCUGGCAGGUACCAGCAACGUUUAGUUCAGAAUGAGGAAAUCUUCAAUGUAGCUUUUAACAGCAUGUUUAAGCAAAUGAGAAUCAAUGCUUCGUUUUCUUUUUGAUUUUAAAAUUCAGCAGUCUGGGCAUGGUAAGCCAAUUUAACAAUUUGAUAGAUAGCAUGUUUUUUGCAGAAAUGGAUGAUUUGCUUUCAAACACAUUCCAAUAGAGGUACACUGAGCGAAAACAAGUGAAAUAGCAACCAAAAAAAAAAGAAAAACUAAAUAAAAAAAGUGGCAACCAAAAAAAAAUAAUCUCACAUCAGUGCUCAUUUUAGAAACAUUGCUGUCCCUGUUUUUUGGGAUUCAUUUCCGAACAUUCCUAGAAUGAUGUAAAAUCAUGAAUGGGGAAGCAGGGAGCGUACAUAAUUAAAAGUUGCAUUUGAUUUAAACUGGAUAGUACAAGAUCAACGAGAGACUGCUUUGUAACAUGACUCAGUAAUCCAUUUAUACCUGUUAUUUAUAUCUAUUGUUAUUUAUUUUGAUACAUAUAGCGUACUUUUUGAAGUUUUUAUAUAGAGAAAAUUGAAGGCCGUCAUUGAGUGCAAUGGGUCAAUACAUAAAUUUGACACAAGGAUCAUAUAUUAAUUACAAAGAUUAUUUUAAGGUGACAUAUUUUACCAAUGGAAUUUACAAAAUAUAAAGCAUUACAAAUACAGGAGUAUUUAGUACGCUGUAUAUAUUACAAUUGAAUAACAUUUUCACUGAUGUAUUUAAAAUUUCCCAUUACUUCAAUCUUAUAGUUGUUGAUUUUCCUGAGAGAUUUUAUUUCUGUGUACUACUGUUCAACAAAUAACAUCUUUAAUGUAACCAUACAAAGGAAUAAUUGAAGAAUAUUUUUAAACUUAGGAUACUUGUCAGGUAAAAUACAUUUUUUCUUAGAACAUGUGUUGAUAAAAUAUCCACGGAAUAUAAGUCACAUGUAACUGAACAUUAGGGUUCAACUCUGAGGGUGUUUCUGAUACUGAGCUUUGAAAAGUUAGCAUGUUAAUAUGAAGUUGACAAUGGAUUUAUGUGAAAAACAGUGUAAAAAGGUUUGCUGCAGCUUUAACUGUCAUAUGCUGAAAACAUUUUUGAAACCCUUUGUGAUUCAAUGCAAAUGCAAAACAAUCGCAUUUUUGAAAGUGCCGUUCACAACCUCAGUUUAUUCAAUUGCCAACACCAUUCCCCACUCCAAAUCUCUUUCCAACCAAUGAUUUUUUUAUUGAAGUCCAGUUAUUGUCACAAUGUAGACAAAGGUAAAAUCCAACCUUUACACAGCCAUGUGUGGAUAGCCAUUGACUGUCUUUUUGUUCAAAUUGACAUUGGGUUGAGGAAUGAAAUGCUGGACAGAGUGCCAAGGAGAGCCAAGGAUCCUCCGAGGACAUUGAGUCAUUGCUGUGGAUACUUCUGUGAUGACCAAAGCAGCUGCUAAAUGGCCUGAUCUCUGUGCGGGUUUGGUGAUUGGACAAGUUUCUGAUGGCCUGCAUUACUACCUAUCAUCGAGAUUGAGGGCAUAACAACGUAUCCAUGUGUAUGUGCUGGGUGCAUAUGUACCAGAAUAGGGCUUUAGCCCACAACCUUCUGGGUUAAAACAAAUAACUAGGUGGAUGAAGCUGAAAUCUGAUGCUUGCUGGCCUCCACAGGUAGAAUUUUAUCCUUCAGAUAAGUCAAGCUGUUUGUUUUUGAAGACCUACAACAUGUUUUUAAUCUAUUCAUUGCCUCAGGUGAAGUUCCUUGAAACGAUGUGCAUUCUUUCACCACAGUUCGAGGGCAUUUUUCUGCAGAAACUUGGCUCUGUCAUAUCGGAUGGUUGGCAUUUAAGUUUUCACUUGUCAUUUGUUUUAAUUGAAAUCAAUUGGUUUGAAUUUCAAGAAUAGAGGUCUAUACAUCUAUUCAACUAAUAGACAUGCAUCUAAUUAUAAAAUGCCCGGUUUAGCAUACAUAACCGAGGAUGAAUUUGAAACAUUGACUCUUCCCUACAGCUUCCCACAUCCUUCGUAUGGAGGCUAAAACGGAGGGAGAUUGUCACAAUAAAUCAUCUGAUGUCCUGCUCCUCCAAGGUUUUUGGAAGGGUUUCGGGAGUUGGUGGCAAGAACAGGAGAAAGAAGUAGGCCGAAAGGCCUGGUGCAAUUUGAAGAUGCAAGAUCGACAGAGAGUAUAAGAUGCAUUUGUGGUUCUUUUUUUUGCACACUACUGCAAAAUCUCAGGAGUGUACUCCUGUGUCGAUCCACAGUAGAGUCCAGCAGAGGGGGAGCAAUAUUUGGCUUUAAAUAAACUAAAUAAUAAUGAUUUUAAAAAGCCAAAAAAAAACCUUUGAAUGGGAAAAUACUUUAACUUUGGGUGUGCAUCCCUACUGGUCAUCUGUAUGCAAUGAAGGAAAAGUCCUGUAAGACAGGAUUGUGAUACCAUAUAUAAAUAUAUAUAUAUAAAUAUAUAUACACUAUUUAAAUAUGCAUUUACUUACAUGCUGAGCACUAGAAGAGAAUCCAAGAGUCACUUAUUUGUGCUUGUGCAUAGCACGGAAAGAUUGUCCAUGUUUUCAGUUUUGACAGUCAACGUAUUAUACUUUCUGUAAGCAGUUCAUGUGUCUUUGAUUUUGUUGAAAUGUUAUGACGUGGGUCAUGGCUGACCUGUUUAGUCACAGUAAAGUCCGUCAGUUUGCAAGAAGUGUUUAGAUGACGAUGGCAAAAUAUAUGACAGUUACCCUUGUUACCGCAUUGUUGGUUCAGCGUCAUUAACAGUUAUUCUGCUCUGCAAUAAGUGUUUGGCAUUCUGUAGUGUGCUGUGUAAAUUCACCACUAGAACUGAAUCCGAGUACAAUGGUUCACAUUAAACCUUGUUAUUCUUCAAGUUUCUGGUAGUCUGGCUAUUAAUCAUCUACUCCUGAGACCUUUAACAUCACGGACUAUUUGUUUAUUGCCGUGAUGAACAACAGACUUCUCGUUGUUUUGUUCCAAAAUGGUUGGUUACCCAUCUUAGACAUAAACUGUUGACAAGGAAAACAAGAAAGGAUGUUCUGAGAAACUUUUCAGGUUAAGUUAAUAAAAAAUCUCGCAAUGAGAAAAGUGUAUCAUCUAGCCU